AUGCCCCCCCGCCCUAAACUCCCCGAGGACGAGUUGGAAGAGGUUUACCUCAAGGGUAGUGGUCCUGGUGGACAAAAGAUUAACAAAACCAACAGCGCUGUUCAACUCCGGCAUAUCCCCACCAACAUCGUCAUCAAAUGCCAAGAAACGCGCUCGCGCACGCAAAACCGCAAGCUGGCCCGGGAGAUCCUCGCCGCCAAGGUCGAUUUGUUUCUCAACGGGGACAAGAGUCGCUUGGCGAUUGUGGGAAACGUCAAGAAGAAGAAGGCGGAUAGUAAGGCGAAGAAGGCGAGAAGAAAGUACAAAAAGCUGGAGGAGGAAAAGGCCAAGGGUGGUGUUGGUCAGCAGUUGGUGGAGGGGGCAGAGGGGGAAGAGGUUGAGGGAGAAGAUGAAGGUGAAGAGCUGGAAGGAUACGAAGAAGAGGAGGUACAAGAAGGAAAAGAGGCUGAAAAGGGAGAAAAGGCUGAGAAGCACGGAGGGAACAACGCGGAUGGCGGUAGACAAUGA